AAAGGAAGUGACGUCGUUAGCCUUUCUCCGCUCUGAAGCUUCCUUCCCAACAGUUUUAGUGUUCUGGGUGUUAAACUCGUGCUUUUGUCACAGAUGGAUUGGUGCAUUUGCUCUCUCCUGUGGUGUUUUAUUCCUCUGUGUUUGCUCGUCCACGUCGUGUGUUUUAUCUUCGCGGACGCAGACUUCACUCUGCUGCGGGCCAGCCUAACAGGACACAGGCCAGAAACCAAGCUUAAAGGGCUGGUGGUCUGGGUCACUGGAGCGUCCAGUGGGAUUGGAGAGGAGCUGGCCUAUCAGCUGGCGAGGUGCGGGUCACGUCUCAUCCUGUCUGCUCGCCGUAAGGACCUACUGGACCGAGUUAAACGUCAGUGUUUGGAGAACUCCAGCCUCAAAGAUGAAGACGUUCUUGUUCUUCCUCUUGAUUUGUUGGACAGGAAGUCACAUGAGGAAAAAUCAAAAAUUGUGAUUGAAUACUUUGGGCAUAUUGACAUCCUAAUUAACAAUGGGGGCCGAAGCCAACGCUCUCUGUGUUUGGAGACCCAUGUUGAGGUGUACCAGGCCUUGAUGGAGCUCAACUUCCUUGGCACGGUCUCUUUAACCAAGCAGGUGCUGCCUCAUAUGACGCAGAAAGGCGGAGGGAGUAUCGUGACUGUCAGCAGCGUGGUCGGCCUGGCUGGGGCGCCCCUGGCAACAGGAUACUCUGCCAGCAAGCAUGCUCUACAGGGUUUCUUUAAUUCCCUUCGAACUGAGCUGACAGACUUUCCAAAUAUACUCAUCAGCAUGGUGUGUCCAGGGCCGGUGCAGUCAGAGAUCGUCAACAAUGCCUUCACUGAAGAACUAAACAAGCCUGUAGACACAGUUGGCAGCCAGGAACACAAGAUGCCGACAUGUCGCUGUGUGCGUUUAAUGCUGGUGGGAAUUGCAAACGGUGUAAAGGAAAUGUGGAUUGCCCAGCAGCCCUUCCUCCUGUUUUACUACGCCUGGCAGUACGCACCCACGGUCGCCUGGGCCAUGACCAACAAGUUGGGCAGAAAAAGAGUGCAGAAUUUCAAAGCUGGUCUGGAUGCAGACUCUGCAUACUUCACUAAACCAAAGACCUCCUGAAAGAUUCGUCCUGAAGGGGAAAGACUUCGCUGCGUUCCUGACGCUGGCUGUUCUCUACCUUCGACCAGAAAAGAUUUAAGGGUGAAGGAUAGCUCUUUUGAAAGCUCUGUGCUCCUUCCAUUCCAGAUGUAAUAAGUCUCUUUUUGAUGACAUUUUUAACUUAGCCUGAAGACUAUCCAGGAAUGAUGAUGCACUUGUACUGACCUUUCACAUGCAUAAAAAAACUGGUUGGGCUAAUUUUCUUUAAUUCUUUAAUUUGUUUAAAAACAAUAUUUUGCCAACAUUUUAUUUCAAGUAUGUACAUUUACACAUAUUAAAAUUUACAAUGUGUACAGAAAUCUAUUGACACAUUCCUUUGAACUCCUGUAAACAAAUUGAAUUGUAAACAAAAACAAUAGAACUGACAUAAAAGAGCAAGAUAUUCCCAAGGCACAUCCUUGAUAUCCUGAACACAACAUUCAAAUUAUCGUCCCUUUCUCUGGUGACACGGAGAUGAAAUCAGAAAAAUGUGGAAACCUAAAAAGUACAAUAAAACCAAUGUUCUUCCU